GCGACUUCGACCUCUACCAGCCUUCAUCCACAGCCUCCGACACCGCAGUGGCCCCUGACAGCUACGAAUCCCCCUCUGCAGUCAUACGCUCGGCCUCGGCAUCCUGAAGUGAAUGCCUCCCCCCGUAUUGCCCCUUCCCCGUCUUCUCUCCAGCAACGUCGCCAUCACGAGCCACCUCCGAUGAACUCACAACAAUACAGCCCGUCGUACGCGCACGGAGCGCCUGAACAACCCUCCUAUCCCUGCCCUUCGCGUCAUGACCACUCUCUGCACCCUCCGUCCGGAUCGCCCGCGUCACCCAUAGCUUCACGCCAGCGACACCCUCCAGUGCGACCUAUCGGGACACAAUCCAUUGAACCGAGCCAUUCCCUUACACCUGCGCAAGGCAGGCCGUACUCCGCGGCGUCAUAUACCACCUUCAGCGAACGUUCUACACACGGUCAUGCUCGCGAGCGCUGGCAGCCCGCGGACCCAUCGGUUCUGCUUCACACUCCUCGAGCCCAGGACUAUCGCAAUUCUAUCGCAACAUCAACAGCUUCUACAAUCAUCCCUCCCAGGCGCCCCGCGCAGGUCUCGUCGAGCCUCACCCUACCACCAGCGCAGUCGCCAUAUGGGAUCUACCAAGAGUUCACGCCACCGCUGAACAUCGCACUGGACCCAGGUCAGAUGAGGCUGGCAGCUCCUUGCGCCAAUCUCGACCGCAAUGUCAUCUGCUGGGUAGGUCGCGUCCUCGCACCUGGGAUCGUGCAUAUCAGUGCGGAUGGGAGGUCAACAAUUGCUCGACUUGCUCGGGUCAAGGCAGGACGUGCAUUCAACGCAUCUUUUGGCGGGCCCGCCAAAAUGAUCCCGGAUGAGCCCAGCCGGCCUGCGGCCAUACCGAGGCACGAGGUGUACCAUAUGGUCGCAGCCGAGCUGGUUCACGAGCCUAGGGAAUGGUGGACCCACACCCGCCAGAUCUCGCCUCCGUGCGGGGAACCGGCCGCGUCAAGUGCUCUCCGAGCGAAUGAAGAUCGCUGA